AUGUUGGGGAUUGCUGAGUUUUUUAUAGCUUUAGUAGUAUGUCUCCUGAUUCUGCAGUUCCUAAAGCUGCAACAGAUGCGUACCCAGCUUCCUCCAGGACCAGCUCCCCUACCCAUCAUUGGAAAUUUGUGGCUGCUGGACUUCAAACUUCAUCGAGAAACUCUCACUAAGUUAACCAACAUCUAUGGAAAUAUCUACACAUUGUGGAUGGGACAGACACCUAUGGUUGUACUAAAUGGAUACAAAGCAGUAAAAGAUGGCAUCAUCACCCAUUCAGAGGAAAUUUCAGGACGACCUCUCACUCCAUUCUACAGGGAUAUGAUGGGCGAGAAAGGUAUUUUUUUGACAAGCGGACACACCUGGAAGCAACAGAGACGCUUUGGCAUGACAAUUAUAAGAAGCCUGGCACUUGGUAAGAAUAAUUUAGAGCAUCAAAUUCAAACAGAGGCCUGUCAUCUUGUGGACAUCUUCGCAAACACAAAAGGCAAACCUUUUGACCCCCACACUUUCAUUGUCCAUGCUAUUGCGAAUAUAAUUUGUGCUGUUGUUUUUGGUCAUCGCUUCUCUAGUGAGGAUGAAUCUUUCAGCAAGCUUAUCAAAGCUGUUUAUUUUGUGAUCUACUUUCAAGCUACCAUCUGGGGCAGGAUGUAUGAUGCUUUUCCAUGGCUUAUGCACUGUCUCCCAGGACCUCAUCAGAAAGUGUUUGCAUACAACAACUUCAUGCACAAUUUAGUCAUAAAGGAGGUCCAAACUCAUGAGAGACAGAAUGCAAGUGAUCCACAGGAUCUCAUUGACUUCUACCUAGCUCAAAUAACAAAGACCAAAGAUGACCCCACUUCUACAUUUAAUAAAGAAAAUAUGGUUCAGACUGUGGUUGAUCUUUUGCUGGGAGGGACAGAAACAACAAGUACCACCCUUCUGUGGGCACUACUCUAUAUGGUACAAUACCCAGAAAUACAAGAAAAGGUUCAAAGAGAGAUAGAGGCUGUUCUGGAACCCUCCCAUAUCAUCAGCUAUGAAGACCGUAAAAAACUGCCAUAUACAAAUGCUGUGAUUCAUGAGGCUUUGCGGUACAGCAAUGUUACUUCUGUUGGGGUCCCUCGACAAUGCGUGAAGAAUACAACUUUGCUGGGUUUUCACGUUAAAAAGGGCACACUUGUACUGCCAAAUCUGCACUCCGUAGUGUACGACUCUGAGCACUGGGCGACCCCUGGGAAGUUCAACCCAAAUCAUUUCCUUGAUUUCGAUGGCAACUUUGUGAACAAAGAGGCAUUCUUACCUUUCUCAGCAGGGCACCGUGUAUGUUUGGGGGAACAGAUGGCACGAGUUGAACUGUUCAUCAUCUUUACCAACCUACUUCGGGCAUUCACAUUCCAGCUCCCUGAGGGAGUAAAGGAAAUCAAUUUGGAGUACAUUUUGGGUGCAAUACUGCAGCCACAUCCAUAUAAGCUCUGUGCUAUUCCACGCUAG